UUUGCAACACCUUGUCUAUCUGUCAUUUCAAACACUAUUUUGUCAACUCGUUAACAUUUUGGCAAUGCAUGUACCGGGGUGAAAUGUACAGGAAGAGACGCGCAUUUUGACGGGCCAUUUUUGCGCGCAGCCCGCCGAGCAGAGAGAAACGCGGCUGAUAUAACCGGGUCAUUCGUGUCCUCACUAGGUUAACUUGAGCAAGAGUUGGAAGUUGCUGAAAACACAAAUUUUGGUCAAUAUUUACAGAGAGAGGUUAGUGAUUAACCGGCGGGCUUGCAGCAGCUGUGAGGUCUCCCUGCGCACCGGAGAACUCACUGCGCGUCCAACAUGCUGAGCGUCCGGGCUUGGAGAGCUCUGGCUCCCCUGUACCAAGGAGGUCACCUCGCAGUGUGGAGACGAGCCCAAAGCCAGGCUGCGGCGUCAAGACUGGACCUCAGCGGCAUCUACCCGCCCAUCGCCACGCCGUUCACCGCAAAAGAAGAGGUGGACUAUCAGAAACUAGAGGAAAACCUGCAGAAAUAUGCGCAGAUCCCGUUUAAAGGCCUGGUGGUGCAGGGCUCUAACGGUGAGUACCCCUUCCUGACGGAGGAGGAGCGAGUGGAGGUGGUGAGGAGGGUGAGACGUUCACUGCCCGCUGGGAAAGUGCUCAUGGCUGGAUCAGGCUGUGAAUCCACCAGGGCCACAGUGAGCAUGACGGAGAGGAUGGCCGGAGCCGGAGCCGACGCCGUCCUGGUCGUAACGCCCUGCUUCUACAAGGGCAAGAUGGACAGCCGCGCCCUGAUCCAGCACUUUACCAAGGUGGCGGACAGCAGCCCGGUGCCGGUGGUUCUGUACAGCGUGCCGGCCAACACGGGCCUGGAGCUGCCUCUGGACGCCGUGGCCCAGCUGGCCCAGCACCCCAACAUCCUGGGCUUCAAAGACAGCGGAGGAGAUAUCACACGGAUCGGCCUGAUUGUUCACAAAACCAAAACGCAGGAUUUCCAGGUGCUGGCCGGCUCGGCGGGGUUUCUCAUGGCUGCCUAUUGUGUCGGUGCGGUGGGCGGUGUGUGUGCGCUGGCCAACGUGCUGGGCCGGGAGCUGUGCGAGCUGGAGCGUCUGUGUGUGUCUGGGCGCUGGGAGGAAGCCAGAGUCCUGCAGCAACGCCUCAUCGAGCCCAACGCCGCUGUGACCAGGAAGUUGGGAGUGCCCGCCCUCAAGCAGGCGAUGGAGUGGUUCGGCUUCCACGGCGGCGCCUGUCGAUCACCUCUGCAGCCGCUCGCCGACGCCGAGAUCCAGCAGCUGAGGCGGGACUUCUCCUCCAAUGGCUGGCUGUGAGGGCUCUCAGGCAAACUGUCUCUCUGUGCGUGUGUGUGUGUGUGUGUGUGUGAGAGAGAGAGUGUAUGUGCAGUCUGCAAUCACCAGAUAACAGCACCUGAGUAUCUGAAAGUGUUUUUUUUUUUUUUUUUUUUUUUUUUAACUCUUCAGCUGUUCAGUUGUGUGAGUUUUGUUACACCUACAUAAUCUUGUUUGCAAAAUGAUCCACAUCGACCAUUUGAAAAAGCAACACACACACACACACACACACACACACACACACACACAGUCAGCCAGGUAACUCACACAUGAGAACACCUUUGCAUGGAUCUGCUAGAGAGAUGCAGGCACAUUUGAGGUUUGGUUAUGCAGAAAUCUCAUGAUGUUGGAGCUCAGGACAAAAAAAAUGUUAGUGUUAGGGUUUUUUUUUUUUUUUUUUUUUUUCGUGCAAAUUAUCUUUAAACCCAGUGAAAUGGGCAAGCUGUAGGAAGAUGACAAGCUAAUAUUACCUGUAAUAAUAAGCCUCGCUGACCUUCACGAGUCAAAGAAUGAAAAAAAUAAGUCACUGCUUUUCUUUCCUAAGUGCAUUUCAACAGAUCUUCUAUACAGGGUUUUGCUGAACUCCAUGUUUUCUGU